AUGGGCCAAAGAUAUGUAUUGAAUGUGAUCGCUUUGGAAGAUGAUCCACCAAGCGCCGAGGACAGUUCGGAAUUCAAGGCACAUUCCGCUCCAAAAAUUGAGGACAAGGAUAUUCAGGGACCGAACUACACGGUUAUCAUUAAUCCGGAUGAUAAAGGUGCAGCCAGGGGGGUGUAUAUUGAUCUCCGCAAGGCGACCGUCACUCUCAAGGGGAAGGAUGAAGUAUCACAGACAACCGCGAAGAGACUGAACACAAUCAUCAAGAGUGCUAUCGAGGAUUACUUUGCCGAGGCUGCGGCCAUCGACUAUUACCUCGCAGGGGUGUCGAAUGAUUACAAGUCUCAGGCUGCCGAUCAUGUUCUCCGACCGGUGUCGUUUUGCUUUACGACGGUAAUGGGCAACAAUGAGAGUGAGGUCAAAUCCGCCCUGUGUAUGUGGAUUGCCGUCCAGGGCGGGAAAGAUGGCGGAAGAAAGCCCACUGGGACCACGCAGGUGACCUUUCACCCUGGCUCUAGCGAUCUCAUCUCUAUUCCCAAGGGCAGUACAGCUGGUCUGAUCCCCAACCUAAGUAAAGGCUUCGAUGAUAUAAAGGAGACUACCGUUGCAGGCGAAGGUGGACUCAAAUUUACCGGGAAGUUGAAGGCCGACACUGUUUCGGUUGAGAAGGUGGACGAUUCGGAAAGCGGCACUGGUUGGUGGUGGUACACCAAAAUGGACGCUAUUGAAUUCGAGCCUAGCGACCCUUUGACUAAUAUCACCAUCAGCGGUGGCAUCUCCAGCAACCAGAAAGUCGACGAUAACAGGAUCAAAUAUACGAGCAACGGUCAAUCCGCGAACUGGGAAUGGGGACAGACCGUAUCAGGCGUUGACAGCGGCGACAGUGGUACGGUGGAACUUGUGUUCACCUGA